CAGCAAUGACGUAUAAAAGUUUGAAUGUAAAAGAGAUUGAAAAAUUUCUCAAUUUUGACUGGGAUGAUUCUGAAAUGGACAGCGAAAAUGAAGAUAUCGAUGAGGGCGAUUUUUUGGAAAAUGUAAUACAGCAGACACUGCAUAAAAUGGAUGAAAAUGACAUUGAUAUUGAGUUGAUUGAGAAGGUUGUUGGAGAUGGGAUAGAAGUAAGUAGCGAAACUAUAAACGAAGAAACAGCACAGGUAGUUGAAAAAAUUAACUUAGAUAGUUUGAGAUGGAGAAGUAUUGGUAUGAAUGAUUGCGAUACUUCUUGGAAAAACGAAGUCAUCUGCGGUGAAAGUAAAGAUCCACUAGCAUAUUUUGUCGACUUUUUUGAUGAUGAAAUUAUUCAAAAGAUCUGUGCUGAGACGAAUAUCUACGCGAUGCAAUCAAGUGGACUUGAACUGAAAUGUGAACCUUACGAAAUAAAGAGAUUUAUCGGUGUAUUACUGUACCUAGGUGCAGUGAAAAUACCUCAAAUGAGAAUGGCAUGGGCGAAAAAUUUCCGACAUACAGCGAUAACAGAAUCAUUUGUAAGAAAUCGUUUUGAAAAAAUAAAGCAAUAUUUCCACAUCAAUGAUAAUUCUACACAACCUCAAAAAGGAGAUAGUAAUUACGACAAACUACAUAAAGUACGUCCACUAUUAGAUAAAUUCAAAGAAAAGUACAAUCAAAUACCCCAAGAGGAAUAUCAAAGUAUUGAUGAGCAAAUUAUUGCUUAUAAGGGUCACAAUAGUAUGAAGCAGUAUUUGCCAAAAAAGCCGCACAAGUGGGGCUUCAAAAUGUUUACUCGCGCUGGAGCUUCGGGAAUUAUGUAUGAUUUUGCGCUCUAUGUUGGCGAGGGAACUUGCCCCUCAUAUGGAUUAGGGAUAUCCUCGGACAUAGUACUUUUUUGUCUUCAAAAAUUCCUAAUAAUGAAAAUUUCAAAUUGUUUUUCGACAAUUGGUUCACCUCGGUUAGUUUGAUGAUUACUUUGAAAGAGGAAUUUUAGCAGUUGGAACAUUGAGAGCAAACCGGAUAAAAAAUUGCGAACUGAAAUCCGAAAAAGAUUUGAAGAAAAGCGGACGAGGAUCAAGUGACUUCAAAUUUGAGAUUCCUCACAAUUUAAUUAUUUGUCGGUGGUACGAUAACAAGAUUGUACAACUUCUUUCGAACUACAUAGGUGAGAGUCCGAUUAGUGAAUGUAAACGAUGGUGCCGAAAAGAAAAAAAAUAUGUGACUAUCCCUCGUCCAGGUAUUGAUUGCUAUAAUAGACAUAUGGGAGGAGUUGACCUUGCUGACAUGUUACUAGAACUAUAUAAAAUCAACCACCGUUCAAAAAAGUGGUAUAUGCGAAUUAUCUACUGGUGCAUAAACUCUGCGGUAGUCAACAGCUGGCUUUUGUACCGAAGAGACAUAGCAAAUAAUACAGGUGAAAAGAAAUUCAUGUCACUGCUCGAUUUUCAGCUUGAUAUCGCAAAUGAGCUAAUGCACACAACAACAAAUAUAACGUUUAUACCACGCAAAAAGGUCGCCCAUCGUUACUUUCCUUGAGUUCGCCAGCUCCAACUUCACCAGCUAGAUCAUCAUCAGCUAUAUCCUCAUCUCCAUCAUCAUCAGCUGCCUCUACAAGCUCCGGUAAAAGAGCAUAUGUUCCAAACCCGGAAAACAGUAAAAAGUAUAACCAACCGGACAUUGGGUCGAAUGGGGUUCAAAAGGACACUGCAGACUAUGUCAAACUGGAUGUCCUCGAUCAAGGUGCAGCAAAUGUAAGGUGUAUUUAUGUUGCAACCCGCAAAAAAAUUGUUUUGUAUCUUUUCAUACCUAAAUGUACAAAAAUUUUCAAAUAAAAACAUAUAUACUAUUCAAAAUUUAUCUGUA